AUGGUGCGGAAAAAGACCUCCUGGAAGACGUUUAUCGACUCUAGGCACGUCCAUACCCAGCACAAUGUGAAGAAAAAAGACGUCGUUGUCCCUAUUGUACGCUGGAAUCAACCGCCGCAAGUGGAAGUAUCUUCUUUACACGUCUUCCACCUUCCAGUGUCUCAACCAAGUCAGAACUCGUCGUUUGUGGUUAAUGAAGACAGCGGAAAGCGCUCUAUUGGUGUAGAGAAGCAAGUGGGUGCUCGCGGUUAUCAGCUGUGCGUCUUUGCCGGCACAUUGGAUGGCAUUAUUCUGUACUGGAGAUUCGAGCAGGACGAAGUAGCACAGGUUAAUGUUCUCGUGUUUCCAGGCACUGGAAGAAGGAGAUACCCUAUUGUGGGCCUGGUCAGUGGUAUCGAUGAAUGGGGACAAAGCGUGCUGAUAUCUGCGACGAGAGACGGCGAAAUGGCGAGAUGGCAGCUGCCUAAUGGAGCCUGUGCAGAAGCUAACGCUUCGCUGGCGAAAGAGCUGUCGCCGCUGCUGGGACUCGAGAUGCUGUGCAACCAACGAUUUGCGCUUGUCGUGAGUGAGGUGUCAAGGCUCAUGGUGCUGGACACAUGGAGGAUGCAGCUGAUGCACUGUGUGGACACGGCGCAAGAGCAAAUUCGACGGAGUGUUGCUGUGGGAGAGUUGUCCAUGUCAAGACCGAAGUCGACGCAGAAAAGGGUCAUCAUAUCGACAAAUGAGUCGAACGUUGAGACGAAUAGCAGAGACGAAAGUGCGGAUCAAGCGGUCAAUCGCUCAGCGGAAGGACAACGGAUAUCGCCGUCUCGAUCGUCUCCUGCUGGCGGUAUCGAUACGCUUUUUUCUACGAAGAGUGCAACAGCAGCGCGGCAGAAUCAACGGUGGGAUGCAGUGGUGCUAUCACUGGGUGCUGAGGGACUUGUUAAAUGUUUUUUGUGGACACAACCAAGGGGAUCGAUAAGUGGCACGUUUUCUAGCGUCACUGGUAGUAACGUGUCCGCGGACAAUACGCGGGGAUCCUGGUGGGUACAGCGCAGCAGCUGGGUCAUAUCGUGGGCUGAUCAGGCAGAGGACGUCACGUGUUCGCAGAGCACGUCUCUGAAGGACGGGGACAACCUGAACCCACAGACUGCUUUGAUGGGCUCAAUUAAGAACAGCUACUUCCCGCUUUCUGUGCAGGUGUCUUCAGAUUCAUCUUUCGUACUUCUCAUUUGGCAGACCAAGUUUGCUGUACUCAAGCGCAAGUGGUUAUGCCCGCUAGAAGCACGCAGUGAUGUCCAAGCACAUAGUGGACAAGAUAAAAUGUCUAGAACUGCCGGGUGA